AUCUAGUUUCAAAUUAACGGGCUGCAAGGACCAGCUUUUAUCCCUUAUGGCUUCUAAUUCUUUGUGCUUGGGAACGGCUAAUGCAAACGGCAAACUAUUGUAACAUUGAGAUUGGAACCCAUUUGUUUCAAGGGAAACCCGGCUGCGAAGGAUGAUUGCUUGCCUGGCCAAGGGGAAUCUCUUGGAAAUUUUAAAUGAAGGCUUUCCCGAGCAGCAGCUGCAGGCCUACGUGGCCUGGGUCAAUUCGCAAUUAAAAAAGAAGGUGGAUGUUAACCCCGUGCAGGAUCUGAGACUGGAUCUGAGGGAUGGCGUAACGUUAAGUUACCUGAUUGAAAUAGUAGCUGGUGAAAAACUCACUGGAAUUAAUGAGAAACCAAGAUGUACACAAGAGAUGAGGGAAAACGUGGAGAAAGUCCUUCAAUUUGUGGCAUCCAAAAAGAUCCGGAUGCAUCAAACCUCAGCCAAAGAUAUAGUCGAUGGGAACCUGAAAUCCAUUAUGCGGCUAAUCUUGACCCUGGCAGCUCACUUUAAACCAGUUUCUGGACGUUCCAACCCCCAGAAUAUGGUUGGGAUUGCGGGUAAACAUCAGCCAGUGCCGUUAACCAACCACAGGCCUCACUCCACUGCCGCAAUGGCCCAAGGCGCUGCGGCAGCUCUCGCCGAUGUACGCCAGGACAUGUCACGGUCAGGUCGGGAUGUUUUCCGCUACAGACAGAGGAACAGCAGUGGCAUGGAGGAAGAGAUUGGGAACCCUUACUGGAGUGUUCGAGCAAUGGUACAACAAUACGAAGGCAAUCAAGGUAGCCCUCCUGCUUCCGACACAUCAGGCCUAACAUCUCCAAGUCCUGUACACAGCACAAAAUCAGAAUUCAAUGAUGCUCAGCGGGACGAAAAAUCUGGAUUUACAGUUAUUCAGACUGAGGAAUUCAUUUCUAAGAAAGAUGACUCUCAUACAUUGCCCCUCUCUGACUGCCAGCCUGCCAGCCCUGCCAUACCGCAGGACACGUCAUGGGAAGAACAUCUCCUGGAGCAGCAGGAGCACCUGGAGAAGGAGAUGGAAGAAGCUAAGAAAAUGAUAUCUGGUUUACAGGCGCUGCUAUUAAACGGAUCCCUCCCUGAGGAUGAACAAGAGAGUUUGUUCGGUCUGCGUGAGGACGGGGCGUGCCCAGAGGAGCAACUGGUUAUCAUCAAAAGUCGUCUGGACCAAAGCAUGAGUGAAAACCAGUCGUUAAAGAACGAACUUCUGAACUGCAAACAGGAAAACCGAAACUUGCAGGGGAUAAAGGAUGCAUUGCAGCAGAGAAUGGCUCACCAAGAAACGUCUGUCCUCCAACUAAAACAAGAGCUGUUACGAGCUAACAUGGACAAAGAUGAACUACACAACCAGAAUGUGGAUUUACAGAGAAAAACGGAGGAGAGGAGCCAGCUACUUGCGGAAUACAAAAAAGAACUUAACCAAAAGGAUUGGCUCUUACAACAAAUGCAAGGGAAACUGGAUGAAGCUCAUCGGAAACUCUCUGAAGUUAACUAUCAAAAGAAUGACCUCCAGAAAGAUUUAGAUCACAGGAAGGCUCUUUUGCAGCAGUUUAUGAGCAGAGAAGACGAACAGGUCACCAGCUACAUCAGUCACCCCUCUCAGACUAAUGGAUUCUUGCAACCAGCAAGUAAGGGAGUGUCACGGGACCCGGUGCCACAGAGAACGGCUAAUGAUUUGCAGUUGGUACGGGAUUCUUUACGUAGCCUUAGGAACAGCUUCAGCGGACACGAUCCCCAGCAUCACACAAUAGACAGCCUGGAGCAGGGGAUCUCUAGCCUGAUGGACAGACUGCAUGCCAUUGAGACCCAGAGGAGGCAAGACAGGCGGGCUCGGGGAAAGAUGUCUGGAAGUAAAGGAGUGAAUGAAUACAGAGAUUCCUGGCCUCCCAACUCCAAAAUGCCUCACUCUCAGAGCACGCCUGUGAUGGGAAGCAGCAACUCUGGCACUAAAGUGCUCUACUUUACGGAUCGCUCACUGACACCUUUCAUGGUCAACAUCCCAAAGAGGCUGGGAGAGGUCACACUGAAGGACUUCAAAGCAGCAAUCGACAGAGAAGGUAAUCACAGAUACCACUUCAAGGCACUGGAUCCGGAAUUUGGAACUGUCAAAGAAGAGGUGUUUCAUGAUGAUGACAUCAUUCCAGGCUGGGAAGGAAAAAUAGUGGCCUGGGUUGAAGAAGACCACGGAAGCAGUGGAAAUUAAAACUUUUCCCUAGAUGUAGGAGACGUGCUCAUCAUCUUGGACGUGGAAGAGAAGUUAUAAAAAAAAAAAAACCUCCAUGAUACGGGUCAGGAAUAUUUCUCAUGCUGCCAAAAUAGGUCCCUGUGGGCACCGAAAUGAAUGGAACAUUAUUUAUACUAAAGAAAUGUUAACGGGUCUGUAGCCAAUUAUUGGUGGUACAUCGAGAGCAUCUGUAUUGGCAAGAAGAAUUUUGGACAACUAACUAAUUCUUUGGGAUUAGCUUCUUCAUGGCUUGAGGAUGUAAGCAGCCUUACAUUGUGUAAAUAUCCUGUUGAAGAAGAUACAGUAUUUUUUACAAGGGACAAAUGGUCUUAGUAUUCUCUGAAUGGAAGGAGCAUGUCUCAUCUGCUAUAAAAAAAACAAUGUGUACGAACCUUAUCCAGGACAGACAAUCCUCAAACAAGGUCAAGUAUUACCUUAAAUCUCUUUGGCUGCGUGUACGUUUUGAAAAAGGAGAUCCCAGCAUUACCUGCACAGGUUACAAUUUACUGGAUCCACGUAUGACCACGCACAUUUCCAAUACUGCAGACAAUUCUGUAGGGAUUUGGUGUAAUUUCCCAUGCACUGUGCAUAAUAAUGAUUAUUUAUAAUGUACAGUAUCGAUGAUACCAGAUACAGAGGGAAGUACUAGGUUUCUUUUACCCGUAAAUAAUUUAAUUAUUGUAUAUUUUUACUGAUUCUUCCUCCCCCCCCCCCCCACCAUCAGAUUUAGAUAACCUGUAACCAGUCAAAUUGAUACAAAUCAAAACUAUAUAUAGGGGGUUUAUAAUCAAUGAAAUGUAGAUCUGCCAGUUUGUUGGGUAGAACACAAACUUUAUAUUUUUAUAUUAUUUAUAAAAUAUAUAUUCCACAGCUCAUAAACCUGUAAUACUACUCAAAAACACUAUAUUUACGUACAGUGGGUAAAUGAAACAUGCAAUUUAAACUCAAGAACUAAAGCAUUUUUUAAAAAUCUUUAUUCAAACAUUUUAUAACUUGGAUUUAGGAAAUAUAGAAAAUACAACCAAAUUGGCAGACAUUUUCCCCCACAAUGGUGCAAUGCAAAAAAUGCAUUUUCGAUGAAUAUUUGUCUCUCCAGUUUUUCACAGCUUAGUACAUUUCCCUUUUAGCAUGUAAAUGUUUAAUGUAUUGGUUCCACACAGUGUACAUAAAGGGGCAAUGUAGAUUUUGAUUAGGUUGCAAAAACAGAGGUUCGGUAUUUUCCCAAAGACUCUAUUUACUGUGGUUUAGUGUUCUCUAAUAAUUGGGGACAACAUUUAGAUUUUUUGUUUUAGACGGCUGUUAGAGGUAAAUUAACAUACAAAGUCCCCUAUAUUACAAUGUACUCAGAUUUAGACAUUUCCUAAUUCUGUUCUAGCGAGGAUACUGACAAAUUCUGGACCUUUAAGAAUUGGAUUGAGAACCAUUUUCAAAUAGAAAAAAAAAUAA